AUGCCAGCGUUUAAAGUAAAGUACAUAUGGGCUGAAGCUCUCACUGCUCAGAAUUACGCCAUUUGUGGAGACAGCUUUGUGGAUGGCAGUGAUACUUCGUACAAAGAACCCUCUCUGGAAACUUCAGGUGAAGGUUCUCGCUUAAGGGUAUCGGUUCUGGGUGGAUGCCGAGGUAGAAAAGCAUCACAGCAGCCUCAAUGUGACAUAUCAAAGAAAUCAAAUUUACGAGAAGGUAUUAUUGGUGAAACGAAAUCUUUACCGUGGGUAGGAGUUCUACGUUUUCAUAUCCAUGAGGAGGAUUCCCUUAAAAUAGCGCUAACUGGAAUUGUUUUGGUAAAGGAAAACUAUUGUAUAACCAACGCUAACGAUGUCGCCAAGAUAUCUCAUUUAAAGUUUACGAGAGAAAGCAAAGCAAUGUUUAUUAUAAAAGAUAAUGAAACAUGGUCCAGUGGAGUUUUGAGCUACAUGAUCCAUCCGGAAUAUGAGUUUGCGACAUACAAUACCAUAGCUUUAGUAGAAUUGGCGGAGCAUUACCAAGAAAAACAACUUCUGGAAAAAAUAAUUUAUAAAGUUGAAUAUAUUGAGCAUGCACUAUGCAAUGAGUUCUAUAAUCGAAUCGGGCUUAAAAACAAUUUAUAUGUACCUGUACAUUACUUUUGUGCUUUUGCUAAGAAUAAUAAGAAGAAUUGCGUGUGGGAAAAUGGGAUGGCACUCGUUUCAAAUACAACGGGACCUUGGACUUUAAUUGGUUUCGGAGUCAAAGGGCCGGGCAGUGCUGGACCUAGUCGCUUCAUUGACAUAUCAAAAUACUUACCCUGGAUUGAAUCGUCGACUGAUACAAUAUUAUAUUAA